GCAGAGGAGGCCUCCUCACCCGGGGAACAUCCACACAGCCGCCCCGCCAGCAGCAGAUCCUCCGCCGGCCUCCGGGACCCACGGGCGAUGGCGAGGCCGAGCCACAGCGAUCACGUCCUCCAGCAGCUCAACAACCAGCGGGAGUGGGGCUUCCUUUGCGACUGCCUCAUCGCCAUCGGAGAUAUCUACUUCAGGGCGCACAAGGCCGUGCUGGCGGCGUGCAGCUCCUACUUCAGGAUGAUGUUCAUCCGGGACCAGCAGGGGGCGGGCCGCCUGGACCUCAGCAACAUGCAGAUCAGCGCCGAGUGCUUCGACCUCAUCCUGCAGCUCAUGUAUCUCGGGCGCAUUGUCGUCGGCAGCUACGAGUUCGAGGAGCUGAAGGCGUCCAUGGCGUACCUGCAGAUGUACUACAUCCCCGACUCGCUGGAGGACCUCAGGGACAUCAGGAGCUCCAACCUCACCCCGUCCUCCUCCGCCUCUGCCUCCGCCUCCUCCUCGUCCACUUCCUCCACAGGACCCGCCGGUGGGAAAAUGAUGUUUGGCGUUCGCAUGUAUGAGAAGCCGAGGCCUCCCGCCCCCGAGGUGGAGCGCAUACCAAAAGCUGUCACCAGCUCUGCCGCACGACCAACGGUUCCAGUGACCGCCAGCAGACCGGUGGUGGCGGAGGAGGUGGUGAACACUCCUCUCAUCGUGGCUCCGCCCGUGGUCGACGGAGCGGUGGAGCAGCCGUGUGAUUUAAGAAAGCGGUCCAGCGCCAGAGGUUCAGCACUCAAAGACCGUCCACGUUUUGGACGCACCUACACCUGCGACGACUGCGGUUUCGUCUUCAGCUGCGAGAAGCUUCUGAUCGAACACAUCCUGACGUGCACCAACAGGAAAGCCUUCAAUCCACCGCGAGGGAACGCAGACGGGGACAACGACUCCAGCAAAGCAGAGAGCUCCACGUCAGAGAGCUUAGACGACCACAGAGCCGUCUGUAAAGGCGAGGACGACUGGCCCGGGGUCAAGGUCGACUCUGAUCUCACCAUCAGGUCGGUGGCGGCCGGGACAGACGGCGAACCUGGGUCGACCCGGAGCGUCUCCAUCAAGACGGAACCAGAAGAAAGCGUGUUCCCUGAGAUAGAGAUGGUGUCGGGCGUGGAGAACAGCAGCGAUCCUUUUGAAGGUCACAUGUCGAGCAGUGAAGAUUUGGGAAUCCCCACGAAGCUGCGUAAGGUCAAAGAGGAGAAGCAGGACCCUGACUCCGCCCCCUGCGAGCUGUGUGGCGAUCUGUUGACAGAGGAGGACAAGUCGGCCCACUACCUGUCCAACCACAUGGGUCACAUAUGCGCCUGUGGGAGGUGUGGCCAGGUGCUGAUCAAAGGCCGUCAGCUGCAGGAGCACGCAGAGCGCUGCGGCGAGUCCCAAGGUCGGGAGUCGGACUCAAACGGGGAGGACGAGGCGUCUCUCCUCGAGGAGCCGCAGGGUAUGGACGAGGGUCUGCUGGAGGCCGCCGACCUCGCCUGCUCUCACUGCGGUCUGCUGUUUCAGAGUGAGAGCGUAGCGCUGGAGCACGCCUUGUCCUGCCACGACCAGGAGCUGUUCCGCCCCGUGCUGCUGGACGACGGCGCCGAGCAGGAUCACCGGCGCAAACACUUCUGCAGCAUCUGCGGCAAGGGCUUCUACCAGCGCUGCCACCUGCGGGAGCACUACACGGUGCACACCAAGGAGAAGCAGUUCACCUGUCAGACCUGCGGGAAGCAGUUCCUGCGGGAGCGCCAGCUGCGGCUGCACACCGACAUGCACAAAGGCAUGGCGCGCUACGUGUGCCCCGUGUGCGACCAGGGAACCUUCCUCAAACACGACCACGUCAGACACAUGAUCUCACACCUGUCAGCCGGGGAGACCAUCUGCCAGGUGUGCUUCCAGAUCUUUCCAGGAGGAGAGCAGCUGGAGAAACACAUGGACGUUCACCUGUACAUCUGUGGCGUCUGCGGAGAGAAGUUCCGCCUCCGUAAAGACAUGAGGAGUCACUAUAACUCCAAACACACCAAGAGACUAUAAUCAGAAGCGUCCUCUGCAUUUAUACCAGUUUGUUACUAAAAGCCAUAAAUGUGAGAACAAAUGUAUGCACUUAAAACACCAAAAAGACAACUUUUAAUCUGCACUUUUAAACAUAUGCAUAACCUAAAGAGGCGUUCACACUGCGAGCAACGAGGCGAGCAGCAACGAGGCGAGCAACGAGGCGGGAAGUCGAUUGUUCUGUGUGACAAUCUGCAGCUUUAAUUUUGAAAACACUUAAAGGCUUCAUAUGAUGAUAUAUAAUCAAGUAUCUCCUCUGAAAAUAACUCUGUGAGUCAUGACUGUCUACAAUGGGUGUAACACCCGAGUCCCACU